GGCUGAUAUAUUGAAACUACACUGAAGAUCCAGUUAUCCAAGUAUUGUAUAAUAUUAUAGGUAUCAACGUCAAUUAAAAAUAAUAUCACAGAAUGUUAAUUCCAAAAGAAGACAGAAAGAAGAUCCACUCAUAUCUUUUCCAAGAGGGUGUUGUUGUUGCCAAAAAAGAUUUCAAUCAACCAAAACACGAAGAAAUUGAUACCAAAAAUCUUUAUGUUAUCAAAGCUUUACAAUCUUUAACUUCCAAAGGUUACGUCAAAACACAAUUUUCAUGGCAAUAUUAUUACUACACUUUAACUGAUGAGGGUGUUGAAUAUUUACGUGAAUGGUUACAACUUCCAGAAGGUAUUUUACCAUUGACUCACAUUAAACAAGCUGUUCCUGAAAGACCAAAUCAAAGAAGAAGAGGUGCUCCAAGAAGAUUUGAAGGCCGUGGUCGUGAAUAGAUUAACUAAUAAAAUAUAUAUUAUUUAAAUUCUAUGUAAUUUUUUGUUUUUUUUCCCAGUUUAAAUAACUAUAAAUUUUAUAUUAAUCUGAAUUAAAACAACUGUAUCGAUUUAUUAAUCUACUAAUUUACUUGCAGACUAAUAUAUAUC